UGUGAAUUAAAAUGGGUUCAAUCGCAUCAGUGCUGCAAUGGCAUUGUCAGACGUGUGGUCAAAUCAACCCUACCGAGAGUGUAAAGUGUUUAAAAUGUGGUAUAAAAAGAGUAUCUGAUCAUGACAGUGUUGUACCAAAACGUUAUUAUACCGGUGAUUCGUCGUCGGAAUACGCUUCACGGACAGAAAAAAGCGGUGGAACAACUCCCGGAUCUGAAGCUAUCGUUAUACCGACAACUAGCACUUUCAAAAGCGGAUGGUCGUGUGUGGGUUCAGCUCCACUGGCCAGCCGCGCUUGGCGCUGUUGCUGCGGACUCAGAAACGUCUCCGCCUCUUGGCGUUGUGCCGCUUGCGACAAGAUCGCGCCUCAUGCGCCCGUCUACAGGUUGUCCGAUGACGAGGAUCAAGCUUCAGGGAUGACUGACAAAGAUAAGUCUGACCAAGACCACAGUAUGAUAAGAUCCAACACCUUAGCAGUCCCUUCGUAUAAGCCUUCGUCAAGUUAUUCCGGCGGUCGUCCUCUGAAUCUUGAUGUGCAGUCGUUACGUUUGUCCCCGACGCAGAUAACUGAUCACGCCCAUGGGGUCACCAGAUCUCUGUCACACGGUUCCGUGAUCAAUUCCCAACAGAAAUGGUGGAAUGUCGAGGAAACUAGAGGUACAAUAAACAGACCGACUAGUUUGCUGGUCUCGGAAAGAUACGGUACGUCUUCGUACAAUCCAAGAGAAUCUUUCUUGAGAAGUCUCCACACGGUCACGAGGCGACCCAAGAAGUGUAAUGAAAGCAAAUCUAAUUGGGAACUAAACUACGUUAAAGAAUAUCAGAGAGAAUACAGCAGAGGCCUACAUUUGAAGAAGUGGGCUUGCAGUAAAUGUACCCUCGAAAAUUCGGGGAUCAGAACGCAUUGUGAAGCCUGUCUGUCCCCAAGAAUAUCCCCUUUGUCGAGAAUUUCCAACACAAGAGGUUUAAGUGUAACGACUUUGGGAAGACAUGAGACUUUUAACAGAGAUGGAGCGACCUCGUUGCCAUCAUCUGGUGGUAUUAUGAUCACCGUUCCAGAUUGGCCACAAACUGGUACAAAUUUGGGUGAUUCGUUCCAAAGGUCGAUAAGUGCUCAAAACUCGCCGGAAACGCGACCGACGUACCGAAGAUCAUUUUCUGAACAGACAAAUGAAAAUCGACCAGUCGGAAAAGUCAUAUCCAGCAGACGAAGUCUUAACGAUUACCAGAAAUCUCUAGCUGGUUACUGCGGGACGCUGACGAAACCUGAAGAACGGAGAGAAUUCGAUAGAAAAUUCGAUGAAAGCUCUGAGUUAAUAGACAAGGAGUGUAGCUGGGACACUAAUGCGGAAGGUGUUAUAUACGCAUUGCCAAACAAAGGCAAAUAUAAGGACCUGAAUCUUCAAUUGCAAGUCAAUAAUAAUGGCACGAGGUACUCUUACGUUUCAGUGCAAGAUACGAAAACAGUUAUGAGUAAUUCCCAAAACGAAGUAUUGUAUUCUAACGAUAUGGGCGAUGGUGAUUACGCAAGGAUCGAUGAACUUUUAGGCGCGGAAAAUUGUAUUUCCCCGAUAGGUGAAAGUAAUUUAAGGACCUCCCAUAUAGGUGCGAGUAAAGAGUCUGGGAAAGUGUUUAAUAUGCUGCCCUCUGUCGGCAAAGUGUCUCAUAACCCUCGGGAUCCGUCUAAAGUGCCUUCUAUUCAGCAACAAACUUCGCGUGAGUCGGGCGCGGCUCGUAUGUGGCAGUGCAGCGAGUGUUGGUUCGCUUAUAACGCGUGGGGAGCGCGUUGUGAUGUAUGUCGGAGUGCGCGGCCGCCUCACGCUGUCACUCUGGCCCCACCACCCGAGCGGGAGCAGCCGAGAAGUAGGAAUAAUUCAUCAUCAGAAGCAAGCUGUACGAAACCGGAGACGAAUCGCAACGAGCCUCCUAAAAAGUUGACAGUGCCGAUCGCUUCGUUAGACCAUGACCUUAAUAGCGACGAACUUUUGUUUGCCGUUGCACAAAAUCAAGCAGAGGCCAGUACGUGGUCGUGUGGUCGAUGUACGCUUGUGAAUGAUUCGGGAGCGACCGCGUGUGCCGCGUGUGCGGGCUCUAGGCCUUCGCCCCACGCUUAUUGGUCGUGCAGUUCGUGUACAUUACGGAACCCGCUUUCGGCUACCUUGUGUCUAGCGUGCAAAACGCCACCCGUACCUAAACAUGGGGUCCCCGGGUCUUCUACUGAGGCUACGAAUCACGGAGUCGCCGGUCGAAGUCCAUCAAGACACACUCCAGCACCACGGAGGGCUUCACGACACAAGACACCGCCGCCAGAACACAAAGGAGAGUCAACAGAAUGGCCAUGUUCAGAGUGUACAUACGUAAAUCCUGGUACGGCACUGGCGUGUGAUAUGUGCCAGUCUCCGAAGACUAGGUUACUGCCAGCCGCACCAGACCAGCCCAGUUUGGACGAUGAUGAUUCGCCGGAAGGAUCAGACGGAGAGCGUCAAGAAAGCACCCCCAUGGAAAUCCUCCGUUUAAGGGAAGAAAGCCAUGCCUGGACGCAGUGGCAAGAAGUCUUAGCUCAAUGUGCUGCGACGGGAGAGAUGUACGUGGACCCCACGUUCCCCGCGUCCCCGCGCUCGCUGUACUACAGCGGCGAGGGCGCCGGGGCCGCGGCGCGUUGGUUGAGGCCGCAGCAGAUACACGUGGACGCCGACCCGCGCCUGCCCUGGCUCGUGUUCCGCGACCCGCGCCCCUCCGACAUCUCGCAGGGCGUGCUGGGCAACUGCUGGCUGCUGUCGGCGCUGGCGGUGCUGGCGGAGCGCUCGGCGCUGGUGCGCGGCGUGCUGCUGCGCGCGGAGCCGGCGCGCGGCGCCUACCAGCUGCGGCUGUGCAAGGACGGCCGCUGGCUCACCGUCACGCUGGACGACCUGCUGCCCUGCAACCGGAAGGGCCAUCUGGUUUACUCGCAGGCCAAAAGAAAACAGUUGUGGGUGCCUUUGAUAGAAAAAGCUGUAGCUAAACUACAUGGCUGCUAUGAAGCUUUGGUUUCCGGCAGAGCAAUUGAAGGCUUGUGCACCCUGACGGGCGCGCCGUGCGAGUCGGUGUCGCUGCAGGCGGGCGGCGCGGGCGGGGCGGGCGCGCCGCUGGAGCAGCUGGACCGCGACCUGGUGUGGGCGCAGCUGCUGUCCUCGCGGCAGGCCUGCUUCCUCAUGGGGGCCAGCUGCGGCGGCGGCAACAUGAAGGUGGACGAGGACGAGUAUCAGCGCCUGGGGCUUCGCCCUCGCCAUGCCUACUCCGUGCUGGACGUGGCCGAACUAGGUGGCAGCCCGCCUCUGCGUCUACUGCGCCUACGGAACCCCUGGGGACACUACACGUGGAGAGGCGCCUGGGCGGCUAACUGCCCGCGCUGGACCGAAGCCCUGCGGAGGGCGCUGCCUCCCACUGCGACACCAGCUGCCGAGCGCGAUCAGGGCGUCUUCUGGAUUAGUUUCGAUGAUGUGCUCAAAUACUUCGACUGCAUCGACAUCUGCAAGGUGCGCGUGGGCUGGCACGAGGUGCGGCUGGCGGGCAUCCUGCCGCCGCUGUCGUCCACGCGCCACCUCACGUGCCUGCUGCUCACCGCCGCGCAGCCCACCGAGGUGGACUUCACGCUGUUCCAGGAGGGCCAGAGAAAUUCAGCCAAAAGUCAGCGAUCUCAGCUAGACCUGUGCGUUGUUGUGUUCAGAACGAAGUCUGGCCCAAGCGCGGAGGUUGGGAAACUUGUAGCUCAUAGUAAAAGACAAGUCCGAGGUUUUGUCGGCUGUCAUAAAAUGUUAGAAAAGGGCUUCUACCUCGUAGUAUGUCUGGCUUUCAACCACUGGCACACUGGCCUAGAACUGGCGGAUAGUUCAGCUUGGCCUAGACACGUUCUGGCGGCCCAUUCCUCUAAACCACUCACCGUGGAACGGCCGUCCCUCCAUCCUCAUAUCCUGGCCGAUGCCAUUAUUGGCUUGACCUUGGCUAGAGGUCAGAGGCAUGAAGGUCGACAAGGCAUGACAGCGUAUUAUUUGACCAAGGGCUGGGCGGGGCUGGUGGUAAUGGUCGAGAACAGACACACGGACAAAUGGAUACAUGUGAAGUGUGACUGUCAGGAGAGUUACAAUGUAGUGUCCACUCGUGGUGAAUUGAAGACUAUUGAUUCUGUACCGCCGUUACACAGACAGGUGAUCAUCGUGCUGACGCAGCUGGAGGGCAGCGGCGGCUUCUCCAUCGCGCACCGCCUCACGCACCGCCUGGCGGCCGCCGCGCGCCUGCACGACUGGGCGCCGCGCGCCGACGACGCGCCCAAGCACCGCCCGCCGCUGGCGCGCCGGCUCAGCGGCCUGCACGCGCCGCGCCUCAUCACCUAG